GUCUUGAGGAGGGAAAGGGGGUGGUGGGAAUUCAAACUAAGGCAGGCUUUACAGUGAGUCAAACACUCGCAAAGACAGACUACAGACAGUCUCCGCAGCACUAACAUACAGGCUCACUGUGACCUGGAGCUCCUCUCUUAAACCUAAGAUCAAAAAGACUUUACAAAGAGAAGAGAAAAAUUUAGACUGAGAGAGAAACCAAAGAAAGACAUACAACUCGUUCAGGUGGGAUGAAAACUGAGUUGUGCCCAAGAAGCUUUUAGUUGUGAGGAAGAAAAGAGGAGCGAGGACAAGCCUGAGGAUACUACAGAUUAUGUUGCCAUGGAAACCGAAACCUGGAAGCGGACGAAAGGACCACUGAAGGUGGACGACCUCCCGUGACUGCAUCCUCGACACAUUACUGUCCCCCUGCGCACUGUGGUGAGAGAAUGCUGUGGAGAAUAACUAUCCCAGUCAUACUGGCUGGGGUGCUCUGCAUCACCGCAGAGACCAAAAAGCCUCGACCCCAGGGAUCCAUCCCGUCCCCUCACAAGACCAAAGGGAACCUGUCCUCAGAGCGUCACCACCGGUUACUGCAGCAGAAACCAGAGGUGCUCUCCUCCAGCCGGGAGGCCUUGGUGGUCACAGAGCGCCGCUACCUCCGCAGAGACUGGUGCAAGACGCAACCUCUCCGCCAGACGAUCAGCGAGGAGGGCUGCCGCAGCCGCACUGUGGUCAAUCGCUUUUGCUACGGCCAGUGUAACUCCUUCUACAUCCCACGCCAUAUGGGCCCCAGCUCGGGUCAGGGCCAGAGUCGAGGCCAAGCCUCAGGCUCUGGAAGGAAGAGCCACAACAAGGUCCAGGAGCCGUUCCAGUCCUGCUCCUUCUGCAAGCCACACCGUAUCACACAGCUCACAGUGCAGCUGGACUGCCCAGACCUGCAGCCCCCUUUCAGACACCGUAAGGUGCAGAGGGUCAAACAGUGUCGCUGUAUGUCCGUGGAGGUGGGCAGCCACGGGAAACUGUGAAGAAGACUUAGAAAUUACAUCAUAUGAAUAUUGUUAAAGGUAGAAUUUGUCAAGGACUGGCUUCAAGUUGAACUACUCUGCCUCGUGCUGUAAAAUAAUGGCUUGUCCAAUAAACUGGCAUAAAACAUGGAACUGGUAUUAUUAAAAAAAGGCUCUGCAUCAAUUUAAUGAGAGACUGGCAGCCAUGUUGACAAGCUGUUGAAAGAACGAUUUAAGAAGCUGCAAGAGACACUCGUGAUGAAGCAGCCAAUUAUCAACAUUGAACAAGAUUUCCCUCCCUGUUAUUUCAAAAAGCUCUUAUCUACCUGGCUGUUUGUACUGUUGCUAAUGGCUUCUUUUGUGAUAAAGGAGUUAAAGUGCCUCAGAGUGUGAGAACCACAAAUAUUAGAGACAACUGUAGAAAUGGUGUGACACCUUUAACAAAGGUUCUGUAAUAUGACGCGUUCUUCUGCAGUUGGAUCUACAGUGGUUUGCUAGCAAUGUUUUCACCUGGUGAAGAUGCUGACAGUGUUUUAUAAUUAUUGUGUUGGUUAUGUUUUCCGUAACGUCGAUGAUGAUGUUGGGGAAAAGGUUUCAAGAAACAUGAAAUAACACAGCUACCACCAGUGACACCCGCCUGCUCGGACACAAGCCCGGCUGUAUUCUGUACAUCUGCCAUAAAUAUACUAGCCAGUAGGAAAAAAAAAAAAAGUAAUAACAUACUGCAGCAUGUGUAAUGGAGGUGCAAUGCAAUAUAUACAGUAUAAGUAUUUUAUGUAUGUAUGUGAAAGGUAUAUUAAAUCUAUUUCAUAUAAAACAACA